AAACUAAGCGCCAUUUUACUUAAAACCACCAGCGUGGAGUUGAAUGCAUCUAUUUUCCUUCAGAGCAGUGGGCCCUAACCAGGAGAGUAAAAACCUACCAUGGAUAGCGAUGAUGAGAAUGAUCGCCGGCGGAGGGAUAAAUUCCGUCGGGAACGGAGUGAUUACAGCGAUCGCAGAGAAAGAGAUACCCGGCGGAGGGACGAUUGGAAUGAUCGUAGGCGGAGAGAUACGCGCGAUUUGAGGGACUGGAAUCGACGGGACUACCAGGAUCGUGGACGGAGGGACAGGUACAGCCCCCCUCCAAGGGACUUGAGUCCGCCCUCCAAACGCAUGAGAAGAGAUUGGGAUUCGGGAGGUGGCUACGGUAAUUACAACAUGCCAUACGGCGGGGGUGGAAACCAGGGGUAUGGAGGCCACCCGCAAAGCCACGGCUGGGGUGGUGGUGGUGGUGGAGGUGGCAUGCAACACAUGCAGCAAGGUCCUCACCAUGGUAACCAAGCACCAAGGGGUGGGAUGGAUCAUGACCAUGGCCGUGGAACCCCCCACGGCCCUCACCUCAUGAGCUUCAAGAACUUUCUGGCCUCCCAAGAUGACAUGAUUGAUGACACAGAAGCCGUGCGUAAGUACAACGAAUACAAGGUGGAGUUCAAGCGCACACAGCUCAGCGAGUUCUUCCUGGCCCACAAGGAGGAAGAGUGGUUCCGGUCAAAGUAUUACCCAGAUGAGGCAGACAAGCUGAAGGCAGAGGGUCUGACUGCUGUCCGGCGACGCCUGCUGGUGUUCUUGGAGCUGUACGAGGAAGGCUGGAUGGACAAGUUGAGGCUGCAGUCGGACCGGACCGACGACAUCAGCCGGUUACUGGACGCAGCUGUCAUCAAAAUGGAAGGAGGCACGUCCCUCGAUCUCAAGGUACUGGAUCAGCAGUUCCUGUCACCACGGCGACGGAUGACAUCAGAGACGCUAAGCUUGGCUCACAGCCCAAGGGGGAAGUUGGAGAUCAAGAAGGAGAAAGAAGAAAUCAAGGAGGAGGUGAAGGAGGAGAAAGGUGCCUCAGCUGCCAAGGAGGACGUCAAGCAAGAACCAGAGGACAAGAUACCAGAUGAGACAGGAGAGAUUGUCAGCCCCAAGAAGGAAAAGGGUGCUGAAACACAGGAGGAUGAAGAGAAAGAUGCAAAGACUAACGGAGAUGAGAAACCAAAGGGUGGCUCGGAGAAACGUGGGAAGAAACGCAAGCGACACCACGACAGCGAUUAUGAGAAUGACAGCGGCAGCAGCAGCAGCGGCAGCAGCAGUAGUGGCAGCGAGUCGGAAUCUGAUAAUGAACCCACCCCACCAGGGCAGGGCAUGGAUGAUGACGUCCUUCCUAGCGACAAACUUGAAGAAGACAAGGAGGCAGAGAAGGCUCGAAAGGAGGCAGAGGAGGAUGACGGAGAGCUGAAGGAAGGCGACAAGGAAGGGGAAGAAGAGGAGGAGCAACCAGCGCCCCGCCCACUGCACAAAACCUACUCGCUCUUCAUCAGGAACGUGGCGCCCAUGAUCACCAAAGCCGAGAUCAUCUCGUUGUGCAAGAGGUACAACGGUUUCAUGCGAGUGGCUCUAGCUGAGCCACAGCCGGAGAGGAACUUCCAACGACACGGCUGGGUCACCUUCGAUCGCAGUGUCAACAUUAAGGAGAUCUGCUGGAACUUGAGCAGUAUCAGGCUGAGGGAUUGCGAGUUGAGUCCUGUUGUCAACCGUGACCUCGCCAACCGCAUCCGUGGGGUCAGUGGCAUCACCGCCCACAAGAAGAUCAUCCGGGCUGACCUCAAACUGGCCGCCCGCCUGGUCCAGCAGCUGGACAAGCAGCUCCGGCUCUUCUGCCCCGAUGAGGAGGCCCGUUUCGCCCGGGAAGAGGCCGAGCGAAAGAAGCGGGAGGAGAAGCGCAAGGAGGAGGAGAAGAAGAAACGAGAAGAGGAGAAGAAAGACGAAGACGAUGGAGAGAAGAAAGAAGAGGGGCUUCAGGAAAGCUCAGCCGAGGAGAAAGAACCAGAGAGGAUUAUCAUCCCGGCCAAGUACAAGUUUAAUCCAGUCCUAGAGAAUAUUACUGACUACUUGGUGGAGGAGGUGAGUGCCGAGGAAGAUGCUCUGAUGGGAGCCAAGCCGGAAGAGGAAGGAGAGGAGAGUAGCGGAGAGGUCAUGUUCCUGCGGGAUGAAGAGCUGAAUAAGGUUAGUCCUCAGGUGCUGGACCGCUUACUGGUCUACUUGCGUAUUGUACACUCAGUGGAUUACUACAACACCAGCCAGUACCACAUCGAGGACGAGAUGCCCAAUCGAUGUGGCAUCAUGCACACCCGAGGACACAACCCCCCAAGUCGCCUCACCCACAAGGACUUGACCAACUGGAUCAGUAACUUUGAGACUAAGCUGUCCAACCUGUUGAAUGCAGCCUCUGAUGUAGUGGAUGAAGAACUUGUCAAACUAGGCAGGAAAGACCCAGAACUAGAGGUGGAGAAGUUUGUCAAGGCCAACACCCAGGAGAUAGGCAAGGAUAAGUGGCUGUGUCCACUCAGUGGGAAAAAGUUCAAAGGGCCGGAGUUUGUCCGGAAACACAUCUUCAACAAACACAGCGACAAAGUGGACGAUGUCAGAAAGGAGGUUGCCUUUUUCAACAACUAUUUGAAGGACCCAAAUCGCCCACAGCUGCCCGAGCCCCAGGCCCAGAAACCCCCAGGUGGUGGAGACAGGCCCAACCAGGGUGACAUGCAAGGGGGCGGGGGCGGAGGCAGUGGAAUGGGUUACCAGCAGCAGCAGCAGCAGUUCGGCAGUCACAUGAUGGGCUACGGUGGGCAGCAGCAAGGUGGGAAUUUUGGCAGCAACCGAGGCUUCAACCAAGGUCCUCAGUUUGGCCACCAGCAGCAGCAAGGGUCCUUCCAGCGUGGCGGGGGCGUCUAUGGGGGUGGCUUCAACAGACCACGCAACAGAUUUACCAAACGAGGGGAUCAGCUAUCAUCAAGAACGGAUCCCAGACACAUUGUCAACUAUCGUGACCUGGAUGCGCCAAAUGACGACGAUUUCUUUUAAUGCCAUAUGAGGCAGGAAUUCGACACCACAUAAGCUACUGUCCACCCCACCCACACCUUUGUCUACCUGCCACGCCCAACUGAAGUCCACUUUAAAGAUACCGUACAAGGGUAACAUAUGCCCAAAGCACAUUGAUGGUCAGCUCAUUCGUCAGUAACAGUCGCUGUUGAAACUCCCUUGAAUGAGAGAGUUCAUGGUGACCUGUCUCCUCAAAUUGGCGUGGGCAAUCUUGGAAGUCGAGGAGGUUAUUUUAAUUUGUUUGGUUUGUACAAUGUAAUUUUUUUUUAGUAGAGGAGUUGAAACUUACUUUCCUGGACUGAGACUCUCAGCAGAUGUCGAGCUAACAGUUAACACAAACAAAACCAAACAGCAAAAUAUAAGCGACUUAUUGAUCAUUUACUCAAGUCCUGGUGCCCCCGCCCUGACUGGCCCAUCUCUGCCGCAUUACUUUAAGCAGUGUCGUAGCACCAGAUUUCGUAAUAAUUACAAGCUAUUGAUCAUAACACUGGCAGAGUUUACGUGGGACCCUUGUCUUCAGAAAUAUCUUCUUCCCCACACCACUCCACCAACCGUUUCUCCACCCAAGUGCUACCCCCACCCCUUCAUUGGUCCUUGCAUCCUUGCCCUGCCAGUGCCUAUCAACCAUUAACAUGAAGGCUGAAUCCGUGCGUACCGUACCUUCUCAGAAGACAUUAAGUGCUUAGCAAAAACUCAGCGAGGAACGAGUAUGGAUCAUAGGACUAUUUAGCCGGUUUCUUUCUUUUUUUUUUUAAUGAAUUUGCUAAACAGAAAUGAGCCAUCGUUUGAUUCUACCACUUCCUUCCCAUGCUUUCCAACUGAUUUUAAUGAAGUCCUUUUUGUUUUAGAAACAUAUUUACUUUUUGUUGUGUCCAUGAGCUGUAGACCAGUGCUGUGUACAUGUGUAUUAAAGCUUAAAUUUCUGUGGUUUAAAAUAUCUUACAAUAAUUCACGUGCUUUGUCCAAGUUUGUAGUGGGAAACCUUAAAUUGUCAAUGUGGCUUCAGUUGGUUUUGAAAUAAAGUAAAUACUUGUGCGCAAGCCGGAA